GACAAUUAACCCUAGUAAAAAUGAGUUCCGGACAGUACUUAAAUGGCGCCACAUUGACGCCGCAAAGAAAAGCAAGUGUGAGAGAGAAUGGAGGAUUACAAGUAUCUUGAACUCAAAGAUGCAAUAUCUUCAAUCAAUCAAAAAGUCAGUCUCAUAGGCAUCAUUCUUGAGUUUGGUUUGCCCAAGAAAACCAGAGGCACUGAUUGGUUUUGCACGGUGAAAAUAGUAGAUGAAUCAUACCCAAAACCUGGAAUUUCAAUUAAUAUUUUCGCUUCAAGUAUUGAAAAGCUUCCUCGUGUUUUAUCACUUGGAGAUAUAAUUCAGCUUUCUCAUGUUGUGAUGAAACCUCAUCAUGGAGAAGUGAAUGCUGUUUUCAACAAGUCAUUCUCUGCAUUUGCUUUAUAUGAAGGAAAAGAUGGUGGAAACUUUCUUCCUUAUCAAUAUUCUUCAAGAUAUCAUCCUAGAGAUCAGGACUCAAAGUUUAUAUCAGGCUUGAGAAAAUGGGUAGCUGACUUUCGUCCUGAUGAAGGUCCAAAUAGCUUCUUGUUCUUGCGAGAGAUGAAAGAAGGAGAACGAGCUAAUUUGGCUUGCAAGGUGCUUCACGUAUGUGAGGUUUCUGAGCAUGAGUGGAUGGUAUUUGUUUGGGAUGGAACUGAUUCUCCACCAAUCAACAUUGACUCAAAGCUGGAAAAUGAAAGGGAUAAUCCACUCCCAUUACAAUUGGAGCCUGAACCAUUGCCAAGGGAUAUAUUGUGUACAUUUCCAACUGUUGGAACAGUAUUACGGGUAAUCAUUGACAAAGGCAAUGAGAAGCAUGUUCUCCACCUAUUGGGCACUGGCAAAUGGGUGAAAUUUCUCAACAUACUUUGUGAAGUACAUGCAGGAUUAUGGCGCGGUGUGUUGACGGGUUUCACAAAGUUAUGCUAUAUGUCAAAUGAGAACCGUCUUAUUUCAGCAUGCCAGAAGUCUUACAAUGCACGUUUAUCAACGGAGUUGGGGCGCAUCCCAUAUUGGUGUUUUCCUUGGUGUUCAAAUAUUACAGAGGUUGAUUAUGACAAUGUGCCUUUUGUUACGUUAAUGGAUGUUCUCACCUGCUCAAAGGUAACAGCUAAAUUCAAGUGUAUAGUUCGGGUAGUGGCUGCAUUUCCAUGGCAAGCAGAGGACUUCUCUCAUCUUGGAACUUAUGGGAUCAGACUGACAAUUGAGGAUCCAACUGCCAGAAUCCAUGCUUUUUUAUUUGCUGAAGAUGGGGAGAAGUUUUUUGAUGGUUAUCCCUCCACCAAUGCGUUGACAGAGAAGCGAAACACAUUGCUUGGCGUGGAAAAGGAAAUCGAGGGUGCUCCCAGAAAUCCACCAUGGGUGCAGUGUUGCCUAAAGUCCUAUUAUCUCAACAGAAACAAUACUUGGGGAAGUAGGCAUUUUAGAAUUUUUGGCACAAAACAUGUGGGUUAAGGAGGCUAAUAAUAACACCUUCAGAUAAGCCUUAAUUGUUCAAGAUAAUGUAAAAACUUAGAUACUUGUAUAAAAUGAAUAGUACACAGUAGAUCCUUGUAUAUAUUUUUUAUCUAAUGGUGUGUAAUUAUGCUACAAGUCCCAUAUGUGGAUUUCUCCA